GACCGACCUAAGCCGUAUAGAUGUUUUCAGGGCACCGCUGGUUGCGGAUCACCCGUAAAGGUUGACCAAUAUCAACAUAUCCAACUUCCUUUCUCCCAGGAUGAACCCUCUCUCGUCACGCUGAUUCCUCCGGCUGAAUAGAAACUUUAUCUUGAUCGCAUCACCGCAGCGGCCACAAGAAGCGGACUUAAUUCGCUGGGUGUUGCUGUUCCGUUCAUCGCAAGAGAUCGGAAGCUCACCCCAACUUAACGCCCAGGCGUCACCACCGCCUUUUGGUUUUUCCUUUGCUCGUUUCAGAACGCCACUGAAAUCAAAACAGGAUAAGUGGCGUCCUAUUCCAUGCCACUUAAGAACACACGUCGUAGAAGCCCGUGUGUUCAGCCUUCUAAACCUCUCACUCCUAGAUGGUAUCCCCGCACUUAUCGAUCUUGGCUGUGCUCGUAGCUGCCUCUGGGGUUGUAGCCACUACUAGCUGGUUGCACCGUAAACGUCGCGACAAAGGCUAUCCUCCAGGUCCUCAACCUCUUCCAUUGGUGGGAUGUGCUCAACAAAUUGACUCGGUCCGUCCUUGGAUGACUUACACAGAGUGGAAAGUUUUGUAUGGGGAUAUUGUGUACUACACGGCCUUGGGCCAGGACGCGGUCGUACUGAACUCUGAGAAAGUAGCAGAGGAUUUGCUCGAAAAACGCUCGAGCAAUUACUCCGAUAGGAUGAACAUGUCCAUCGUCAUGGAGUUCUAUGGUGUCGCAUUCGACACUGUUUUUAUGCGACAUAACGAUACGUGGCGACUUCACAGACGAAUCCUUCAGCAAGGUCUUCGGCGGGAGCCUGUGAAAGCAUAUCGCUCAAUGCAAGCCCAGCGCGCUCUAGAGCUUCUUCAUAACUUGAAGGAUUACCCAGGCGAGGCUUUGCAGCACUUUCAUCGAUACUCCGGCUCGAUCAUCUUGGGUGUCGUAUAUGACCACAAUGUCGGACUGGACAAAGACCGGGACACAGUGUUGGAAACGGUAGCAGAAGCAAAUGGUACCGGAAUCCACGUCGUUACGCCUGGAACGGCUGUUCUGGUGAAGGCGUUUCCAUUUUUGCGACAUAUACCAAGAUGGAUGCCCGGGGGCUGGCUGAAUGCGGCAUACUGCAAGGGGCAGCUAGACGACAUGGUUAAUGUACCCUUUGACGAACUCAAAAACCGGAUCGUGUCUGGAGAAGCAGGAGAAUGUAUUGGUAUAGAUGCACUGGAGCGCUCGAUUCAAGCCAAGAUUCCUGAGCACGACGUUAGAGAUGCAUGUGGAUCCGCGUUCUCAGCCGGAGCCGAAACUACAGCCUCGGCACUUAUGGUUUUCUUUCUCGCUAUGACUCUGCACCCUGAAGUUCAAAGUCGGGCUCAACACGAAAUUGAUACUGUCGUUGAUGCGGACCGUCUUCCUACUUUUGACGACUCGUUGUCGUUACCGUACAUCGAGGCAAUAUAUCGUGAGACGUUACGGUGGUAUCCUGUCCUUCCGCUAGGUAUCCCGCAUGCAUCCGAGCGCGAUGACAUUUACCGUGGUCAUCAAAUUCCGGGAGGGUCUGUUGUUAUCCCGAACGUAUGGGCUAUGACUCGCGACGCUGACAAAUAUCCCGAUCCCGAGGUGUUCAACCCCGAUCGCUUUCUGGAUGGCGAGGGUAACGUAACAGAUGACGAGUGCGACUUCGUUUUCGGUUUUGGUCGUCGUGUAUGCCCAGGGCGCCACCUCGUGAAAGCGUCGCUCUGGGUUGCUAUCGCAUGCAUUCUUGCAGAGCUGAGAAUAGAGAAAGCCAAGGAUUCUGAAGGGAGAACGAUCGAACCAAAUCCUGAAUGGAUUUGUGGCAUGACCAUGUGCCCCAAACCGUUUCCCUGCAAUGUUUUCGCGAGAGGUAGGUAACUUUGUAGAGUAGUAUUGCCGCAGUACUCUACUUCCGUGCGAGAUAUUGUCCCUUAAAUCUUCUUCUCGUAUCACUUGGGUUAUCCGCUCCUUACUACGCGUGAAAGCACACGUUUAGGCACUUGACAUGUACAGUACGAUUAAUACCUACUAGUAAACUAAGAUUCAGCAUACCAUACUCGAUAUUAUACG